AUGGGUUCCAGAGGCAAAGGUACAUUGUUUUUUCUUCGGUUAAUUCGAAAUUUUCACCAAGUGAAGAAAUUAAGUAACAAGCAAAAAGCUUACAAAGAAGUGGUCAAAGCUCGAGCCAGUACACCCGCGCCCCCUGUACAAUACACACGGCGACUGAAAAGCCGCAAACAGAAGAAAUUGAAAGUAAUCGUUCCAAUUGAUCGUUCCCUCCGUGCGUUGCGAGACCCGGUGAACUAUGGUAAACACCAAUUUGAUGCAUCUUUGAUAUGUGUUCUGCAUCAGAUUUGUCACCAUCGAACUGGCGAUGAUUCCGAUCUUAAAAGUGUUCUACUCCUCCUGUUCUCAUUCCACUCACGUGACGUUUUCCCGAUCACGUGUCCCGUAGAUGUCGGCGACACCACAGGCAUGGUUCGUAAGGAUACCAUCAAUCGUAUGCCCAAACAGGGGAAGCACGAGUCAGAUGCACAGUACCUUUCACGUGUACACAAAGAAGUCGAGGAUGAGCUGGCUCGAAUCGAAUUUGCUAAAAAACAGAAGGUAAUCUGUGUUCCCUUUACUCCGAACUGCCCUGCUUGCCGUCUGAAACUGCGUAAAGAAAAGAAACAGCAGUAUGCAGCCGAGAAGAGAGUGACCGGAUGGGAGCACUUAAAAGGUUCGGGUGGUUACGCGUCGUAUUGA